AUGUCAAACGAUUCAGAUAUCGACUCUUCAUAUGUUACUUUGGUAUCUGCUGACAACUUUAAGUUUAUAGUGCUUAAGGAGGUAGCGCUGAUUUCGUCUGUGUUGAGAAGCACGCAAGGGUUUGAAGAGGGCAAAACAGGAAAGAUUAAUCUAGAUAUGGAUGGAGAUAUCUUGGAAUGUGUGGUGGAAUACCUAUACUAUCAUUAUAAAUAUAGAGAUCAAGCUGAAUCAGGAAAUGUUCCUGAAUUUAAUAUUCCUACCCACCUUGCAUUAGAAUUAUUGGUAAAAGCUGAUUUUUUGGACAUUUAA